GCAGCGCAGCCGGACAGGUGACGAGGCCGGUGAACAAGCGCGGGCUGGGCCGGGGUGACGGUCGGACAGGGGGCGGGACCCGGAAAGGGGGCGGAGCGGGCCCUGCCCCCUCGCGCGCCAGCCUGACGUGGCGGCUCCCUCCCCGCAAAGGGCAAUGAAGGCGCUGAUCCUGGUGGGCGGCUAUGGCACCCGGCUGCGGCCGCUGACGCUCAGCACCCCGAAGCCGCUGGUGGAGUUCUGCAACAAGCCCAUACUGCUGCACCAGCUGGAGGCUCUGCGCCAGGCGGGCGUCGAUCACGUGAUCCUGGCUGUCAGCUACAUGUCGGAGGUGCUGGAGGGGGCGAUGCGGGAGCAGGAGCAGCGGCUGGGCAUUCGCAUCUCCCUGUCCCAUGAAAAGGAGCCACUGGGCACAGCGGGGCCCCUGGCACUGGCCCGGGAGCUGCUGACUGAGAGUUCGGAGCCUUUCUUCGUCCUAAAUAGCGACGUGAUCUGCGACUUCCCCUUCACAGACAUGGUGCGCUUCCACAAGCACCACGGCAAGGAGGGCUCCAUCGUGGUGACAAAGGUGGAGGAGCCCUCCAAGUACGGGGUGGUGGUGUGCGAAGCCGAGACAGGACGCAUCCACCGCUUCGUGGAGAAACCCCAGGUGUUUGUCUCAAAUAAGAUAAAUGCCGGCAUGUACAUCUUCAACCCCAGCCUCCUGCACAGGAUCCAGCUGCGGCCCACCUCCAUAGAGAAGGAGAUCUUCCCGGUGAUGGCUCAGGAUGCGGAGCUGUAUGCCAUGGAGCUGCAGGGCUGUGAGUGCUGCUCUGUCCCUACAGGCUUCUGGAUGGACAUUGGGCAGCCCAAGGACUUUCUGACGGGCAUGUGCAUGUUCCUGCAGUCGCUGAGGGUCCAGCACCCAGAGAGGCUGCACACGGGCCCUGGCUUCGUGGGGAACGUGCUGGUGGACCCAAGUGCUCAGAUCGGUGAGAACUGCACAAUUGGCCCCAAUGUCACCAUUGGGGCUGGGGUGGUGGUGGAGGAUGGGGUACGGAUCAAGCGCUGCACCAUCCUGAAAGGCUCCCGUAUCCGCUCCCACUCCUGGCUAGAGUCCUGCAUUGUUGGCUGGCUGUCAUCUGUUGGCCAGUGGGUGCGGAUGGAGAAUGUGACAGUGCUGGGCGAGGAUGUCAUCGUCAAUGAUGAGCUCUAUCUCAACGGGGCCAACGUGCUGCCACACAAGUCCAUCGCAGAGUCGGUGCCAGAGCCUCGCAUCAUCAUGUAGCAGCUGGGCUAGGCCAGCUCCCCUGCUACUGAACUGUUAACACUUUGUUUCUUGGAGCAGAGCCCUGCAUUUUUUUCGGGGGGGGGGGGCGGGGGCAUAGGAACUGGCUUUGCUGGCACAGCAUCUCUGCCAGGGUGCCUGGGAGAGAGUCACAGCAGGGAGCAGUACUAGGCCCUCAUGGGCUGCUGGGCUCUGAGGAGGCUGCUGUUGGGGGGGCCUCCAUGCUGGAGCAGCAGAAAGCAGGGGGCCACAGCUGCAACAUGCCUGUCCUGGGUGCUGGUAGGAGCCUGGUGUGCCACUGAGGGCCAGGCUGGCAGGGCCCCACCCAAUACAAUUACACUGUCUAAAAGCA